AUGUUUGGAGUUCGCGUUAGUACCGAGUACUCUGGGGCCCAGCAGACGCCGCAUUCAGAGGUCUUCGGUCCCCAGAUCGGCCCGUCGACUGAAUCAUUGCCAGUUUGCGCCCCAGGUCUCCCCCUGACCAGUGCCUCGUCGCGGCUCCUUUCGCCGUAUUCUUGCCAGCGCCGUUUUCGAAUUCUAUUUCUUGCUAUCUGCUUCUCUUCCCUUUCCCUGCUGCCCUUGAACCCGACCCCCGCCUUCUCCGCGUGGCUUCCAGAUUUAUCUUAUUGUCAACCCUGUCUCCGGGCUUGA